UGACUCAUCUCGUAGUUUUCUGGAAAAACGAGGGUACAGUCUCAUUUAAUCCUCGUAUACUGUAUCCUCAGAGCUGUAGUGUGAGAUAGUUUCAACUUCCAACGUUAUAGAGAGAGAGAGAGAAAGCACGAGAGAGAGAGAGAGAGAUGUGCCCGACGAAGCCAAAGCAGAAACAAAAGCACCGGGGCGGCCACGUGGCCGACCACGGCGAAUCCGACGGGGACGACUACGCCCACGCCGCCGCCGUCGUGGAUUCAUGCAGCUGGAGAGACGAAGCGAUCAACGGCGGCUCCCUCAAGCUCGUCGACCUCGACACCGGAACCAACGGCUGGGCCUCCCCGCCCGGCGACCUCUUCCUCCUCCGCUCCAGAACCUACCUCUCCUCCAACAAGAAGACCAAGACGCCCUCCGGCCCGUGGCUCCUCAGCCCCGCCGGCUUCGACUGGCUCAAAUCCCCGUCCAAACUCGACCACGUCCUCUCGCGCCCCGACAACCGCGUCAUGCACGCGCUCAGAAAAUCCCAGUCCCAUGGCCACUCCCUCAAAACCUUUUUGCUCGCGGUGAACCUCCAAGUCCCCGGCCGCGACCACCACUCCGCGGUCUUUUACUUCUCGACCGACGAGCCGAUCCAAUCCGGCUCGCUGUUGCACCGGUUUAUCGACGGAGACGAUCAUUUCCGUAACAGCCGGUUCAAGAUAGUGAACCGGAUCGUGAAGGGUCCGUGGAUCGUGAAGGCGGCCGUGGGGAAUUACGCGGCGUGUUUGCUGGGUAAGGCGCUGACUUGCCGGUACCACCGUGGGGAGAAUUACUUGGAGAUCGACGUGGAUAUUGGAAGCUCGGCGAUCGCGAACGCAGUGUUGAAACUGGCGCUGGGGUACGUGACGGCGGUGACGGUGGACAUGGGGUUCGUGGUGGAGGCGCAGGCGGAGGAGGAGUUGCCGGAGAGGUUGUUCGGGGCGGUUAGGGUUUGUCAGAUGGAGAUGUCGGCGGCGACGGUGGUGGAUAGGGUGGAUACGGCAUCGUUGAGGAAAGUGAAGGGGGGUAGUGGGGGAUGUUGUAAUCAGCUGAGUCAGAGUAAGGUUGGGGUUGAGAGAUCGGACGGUGGAGAUGGUGAUGAUGAUGAUCAUUGAGAGAUGGUAAUUUUUUGGCCCAAAAGUCUACGUCUACCGUUCAACAUUCAUCGCUCCUCCCACCCUCUCAAUCUUACAGUCCAAAAGCAUUUUAGACGGUCCAAAUUGACGAGACGGAUGGUAAGAUGUUGAGCGAUAGAUGUAGCGCCGCUGAUUUUUAAUGGUGGUAAAAAGGUAAAGAAUACGAUUUUCUGGUUACCAUAGGGCUGUUAGGGGGGGCGGGGGAACACAACAUUGUUAGGGCUUGUUUGGGGGGGGGGGGGGGGGGAAGAACACAACAUUGUUAGGGCUUGUUUGGUUCGGGCUUGUUUGGUUCGGGUUGUAUAUUUGCUUUAUUUAAUAAGCCAUGAGAAAAUAAGCUCAAUUGUU